CAGGAACCGUACCACUAAAAAUACACUAAUGAAUUUUAGAACUUUGGUAUCAGUAAUCUACUAGCGGUGCUGAGUACUUUUGGGGGGCCAGCUAAGAUCUUCGUUUGCACUAAUUAUGCCGUAAACCCCAUAGUUAGAACAAUGACUAACCUCUACGGUAGAGUGCAAUGAACAGGCUGUUCUAGGUACACGGUGUUCUAGCACAGGCUGUUCUAGCAUUAGACAAUUGUACCAAACCUUGCACUAAAUAAAACGAAAAUCCACAAAGACAAUGUCUGCUCUUGCUUUAAGCACCAUACCUUCCUUCUUUCUGGUAUGGGAUUGAAAUCUUUGUGCUGUGUCUAACUGCAAUACUACUAACAUCUUUGCAUGAUUGGUUGUUGUACUGCUAUUCUAACAAUCAUUCCUUUUGAAAAUGGAGGAGUAUUGCUAAAAAAAUGGAGAAAACCCGGCCAAGGUCAGUUUUUUUUUUGAAGGUCACCGGGAGGGGAGAGAAUCCCCCACCUGAAUUUCAUUCAUUAGCCCCGAAGUGGCCCAGCAGAUUGUUUAAAGGUUUUACAACAUAAAGGUCAGUUUAGUCAAUGUACCUGACACGAAAAGAGUGUCAAUGCACCGACUACAUUCAUGACUUGCACAUUUAAGAAAAUCAGGAGGGUUUUUAUUCCCCUGAUUGUCUCAGUCAGCAACCACCGCAUACCAGUUCUGGAAAAAGAAAUAGCAGCACACCAUCCUGCUGCAUCUUCCUCCUUUCAUUCUUAUACCCUCGCCCAACGUAAAAGCAAUGGAGAACAGCUUGUUGUUAGCAUCAUUGCAGUUGCAGAACCAGAGGGAGGAGGAGGAGGACGAAGCAAAGCAAAGGAAGGCAAUUAAGGAGGAAUCAGUGGAGGUAGCAGAAUCAUGGAUUGCUGCAUCUGCAGCCCCAUGGCCACCAUGUACAGGCUUCCGAGGAACGCUAUCUGUGCUCCUUGCCAUGAAGGUGCCAAGGCCAUCAUCAGCUUCCUGAACAAGGAUGAGGAGCAAGAAGAUGGCGGCCAUGGUUCUGCCAUCUCCCACGCGCCAUCGAAGUUUAACAGCUCAAACAAGGGAAUGAGAGAUGCAUGGGAGCAGGUGAAGGAGAUGAGAGACAGGGAGGAUCAGACAAAGCAGAGAGCCGCCUUCCUUGAGCACGGCUUCGCGCUGGCGUGGAAGGAGGGAAUCCACACCGACAUCGUCGUGAAACCUGGAACUGGGCCCCCAAUUCCAGCCCACAAAGCCAUCCUGGCCGCCAGGUCGGAGGUGUUCCGGCACAUGCUGUCCGCCGACGACCACUGCAAGGCCCCUGCCGGCGACUCCUUCUCCCUCCCCGAGCUCUCCCACGCCGAGCUCUCCCUCCUCCUCGCCUUCCUCUACACCGGCGCCCUCGACCAGGACCUGCCGGAGCGCCACCUGCACGCGCUUCUCGUCGCCGCCGACAAGUACGACGUCCCGUUCCUGCGGCGGGCCUGCGAGGCGAGGCUGGCGGCGAGUGUGGAGCCCCGGAACGCGCUGCGGACGCUGGAGGUGGCCGAUCUCAGCUCAAGUGCGGUGCUCAGGGAGCGCGCCAUGGACACCGUGCUGGAGCACGCCGAGCAGGUGGUGUUCUCGCCGGAGUACGAAGGCUUCGCCGUCAGGAACGCGGCGCUGUGCGUGGAGAUCACCCGGGCGCUGCUGGCCAAGAUGUCGACGACGACAACUAGUAAAUCGGAUCCCCAUCAUGCAUAGAUCGAGGAUGUGUAGAGCAGCUCUUGCUUAAUUAGUUUUGACUUUUGAUCGUGUGACUGAUACGUGUACAUGAACAUGUCUGAAACUCUGAAACAUCCAUUGCAAUUUGCAACACACAGGUGACCACAUAACUGAUGAUCGAAACAUUUCCACACACAGAGUGUUUCGUUUUGAAA